AUGUUGUGAGAGAACGAGGAAGGAAAAGAGUGAGCGGAAAAGAAAAAAAAAAACGUAAAUUCAGGAAGAAAGAAAGACAGAAUGAAGUUUGAACAAACGUAGAUAGGCGUCGUCGCUGGAGUCGUUCCGUCUGAAUUUUCUCGGUAAACAAACAGCAGGGGGCUUCUGUUGUUUGUCAUAGCAAAAGCUUUCUGCAUAGAGGGACGGAGAGAGAGAGAGAGAGAAAUGGCUUUGUCUUUGUCUUUAUCUCUGUCAUCUUCGUCUUCGGCGACGGUGGCAGUGGACAAGGCGACGAGCGAUCUUCUGAUAGGUCCUGAUUGGACUAUGAACAUCGACAUAUGCGACUCCGUCAAUUCCCAUCAUUGGCAGGCAAAAGAUGUCGUGAAAGCUGUGAAGAAAAGGUUGCAACAUAAGAACCCAAAAGUUCAACUACUGUCUUUGACGCUCUUGGAAACAAUGGUGAAGAACUGUGGUGACUAUGUCCAUUUUCAAGUUGCUGAGAAGAAAAUAUUAGAGGAGAUGAUCAAAAUUGUCAAGAAAAAGGCAGAUAUGCAAGUUAGAGAAAAAAUCUUGGUAUUGAUAGAUUCUUGGCAAGAGGCUUUUGGGGCUGGAGGAAAGCAUCCUCAGUACUACAUGGCAUAUGAGGAACUAAGGCAUUCUGGAGUAAAAUUUCCCAAGCGUUCUUUAGAUGCAGCUCCAAUAUUUACACCACCUGUAAGUCAUCCAACCCUGAGACUCAGUCAAGCAAGAUAUGGAAGAAUGCCUAGCAAUUCUUCAAGGAGGCUUGAUGAAACCAUGGCAACGGAAAUAGAAAGCUUAAGUUUGUCAGACAUGGAUUCUAUGCGGAAUGUUAUGGAGCUUUUAAGUGACAUGCUUCAAGCUGUGAACCCCAAUGACCGUGCAGCUUUAAGAGAUGAAGUUAUCGUUGAUCUUGUAAAUCGCUGCCGUUCCAACCAGAAAAAGCUGAUGCAGAUGCUAACUACGACUGGGGACGAGGAACUUCUUGGUCAAGGUCUUGAAUUAAAUGACAGUCUACAAAGCUCGCUUGCAAAACAUGAUGCUAUAGCUUCUGGUUACCCCCUGCCAGCUUUAGCUGCAAAUUCCAGCACUGAAGUAUGUGCCUCCAACACUAAACCAAGUGUAGCAUUAAGCUUCAGCCCAAGACCUAAUGCUGUACAACCAGUUCUCACAAUUACAAGGGCCCCAAUUGAUGAGGAGGAGGAAGAGGAAGAUGAAUUUGCACAGCUUGCUCGAAGGCAUUCUAAAACUCAGCCCAAGACUUUUCACAGUACUGGAACCAACGAGGCUCUAUUGUCAAUGAAUACCAGCACUUCAAUAACAUCUGUCCUUGCAGCCCCAACAUCUGGACCACAUACUGCAUUAGCACUACAUGAUCUACCUGCACCAGUUAGGAGUACGAAAGAACAGGACAUGAUUGACCUUUUGAGUAUCACCUUAUCGACAAUGUCAGCCUCCCCUCAUACUCACACUCCACCAGCCUCUAACCAAAACAUGAACCAGGUUCCUAUUUCCCCCAGUGCACAACGUUAUCUCAAUGCUCCCCAAACUUAUGCUGGAAACCAAGGGCAAGUAUCCAAUAAUAGUUAUGUUGUUCCAUGGGCCCAACCACAACUGCAACCUCAAGGCUUUCAACAAGUCCGACAUCAACCUCAAAGCUUUCAACAGGUUCUGACUCAACCUCAAAGCUCUCAACAUGUUCAAACUCGGCCUCGACCUCAAAGCUUUCAACAAGUUCAACCUCAACCUCAAAGCUUUCAACAAGUUCAACCCCAGGCUCAACCCCAGCCACAACUAAAAUCCCAGUCCCGACCACAAAUGCAACCUCACUACCAAUAUCCCCCUUAUUAUCCUCCACCACCUUGGGCUCCAACCCCGGUUUAUUCUAACAACCAGAACCAUGAGUCUACGACUCCACAAGCCAAUAAAACUGCAUCUUACACGCCCAUGCAUGCGACUCGACCCUUGCAGCAUUAUAAUUCUUUCCCUUCAGCAGGAAUCAAUGGUUAUGCUAUGUAUGGAGAACCACGGGUGAGUGCUGGACCUAGGAACCCUGCUGCAGCCCCUGCCCCUGCAGCAGGACCAAAGUCCUUUGUUCCCUCGUACAGAUUGUUUGAAGAUAUCGAUGUUUUUGGCAAUGUAGCAAGCGGCAGCACAUCAUCUAGCUUGUCAGGAAGUUCUGGACAGGGUAUGGUUGGCUGGAGAAAGUGAAAGGCUAAUGAUACAGCUUGCGGAAGAGGAUAGACCUAUGUGAAUAUGUUGGGUAUCAAUAUCAGUGUCUUCUUCGACUUCAAAAUGUAAUGUAUUUUCUUUUGGUACACGCAUUGGUUUGUUACGAUUGCCAUUGAUGGUCGACAUCAGUGUGUUGCUUGUGAUCGUGAGUGCAAGCAAAAGAUGUAAAAUUCCUUCCGGCAAAUACAAUGCAUUUGGUUUCCUGU